AAUCGAUGAAGUUAUCUCCCUUGCGGUACACGCGUAAAAUGUCUCUGUUCAAUAUUACUGCACCAGUGCAUGGAAAAGGAUGUUGAAGGGUGAACACACUGUGGCGGUUGUCUCGAACGUGUUUCUUUGUUACCCAUGACUGUAUUGGAUAUCAUCAUCAGGCCUUUACAGCCAUGAAGGCGAAGCUGAUAUUUAACAUCUACAUUCUAUUCAUCGCAUGGUUAAUGCAUCUAUCAGACUGCACAGUUCGGCUCCUCUGUCCUGACAUCUCCUACCUUGGUGUUGCUGCACAGUUGACCUGCUUGUCUUCCGAACCCUUUACCAAUCAUAUCUAUGCAGGACCUGAGAACCUGAAGGCCCCAACAUGCGAAGCAUCAUUGUCUGGCUGCACAACUGUGAAAGGGUUCAAUGCAAGCAUCAUCAACGCAACUCACACUGAUCUGAGGAUAGUGAAUGUAGAACAACCGCAUGCAGGCACAUGGACAUGUGAAGAUGGCGCAACGAGGGAAAGUGCUUCUUGUAAUCUUCAGGUCGCAAAGACACCAACAUGCAGCAUCACCAGCGAGGAGGACACUGAUGAACUUGCCCAGUAUCAGGCGCUGACACUCACAGUGGUCAUACAAGACUACUACUGUUCCGCAGCCCUCACCUUCUCACUCCAGACCGGGAUUGUGACAACACUGCUGGUGGAAGCUGACUCUGUAGCAAGUGUUACUCACAACACUUCUUCAGUAACCUUGAAUGUGACGGCCUCCCACCUGGGUAUUGUAGGACUGAUAUUUAGCUGUCACAAUUAUGAGUGGAAUCUAACUUGUGAAGGCGUGACUAAACUCGUUCCAAAGACCCCGACAUGCAACAUCACCAGUGACAAGGACACUGAUACGCUGACCCUGUAUAAGGAAGUGACACUUGCAGUGGACAUUGCUGCCUUCUACGACUUACGAGGCUCCUACUGUUCUGUGGAUUCCAACUUCACUCUUCAGACCGGGGAUGUCACACAAUUCCUGAUUGUUGCUGGAACCGGGGCUGACAAUGAUCUUUCACCAAAAACCUUCAAUGUGACUGAAACACACUUGGGUGGUGUAAGGCUGAUAUUCAACUGUCAACACGAACACUGGAUUCUCAUCUGUGAGGGAGUAGGGGAACUCAAUAACAAAACCAAAUCAGCUGCUAUCCCCAAAAGAGAAGGACUAGCCCUAGCCGCCAUUCCAAUUAUUGCUGCCUGCGUUGUUGGUGCGAUAGUGUUUCUCUUCAUCGCCGUCAUCAUCAUCGUGUUUCUCAUCAAAAGUAAACAGAUGGUGAUUACCUACAUCCUGAGGCGAUGGGAAACUAUCUUGCUCUUGAUAGAUAUGCUGUCCAGCCUACGAACAUUUAUGAACAUCUGA